CUUUGGGCUAAUCAGACAGAAUAUGUAAAGAUGAAUCUUGUUUCCUGUUGUCAUUGGGAGGUAAGAGUUAUCUCUGGGGAGGAGUGAGGAUAAGUGAAGGUAAAGGGAGGGGGGCUUCUGUUCCCAUUAGGGUCUUAAGCACUUGAUUCACACUGGUACUUAGCAUCCCAUAGACAGGGACGGUCUGAAAGCAGUUAGUUUAUGUUUGGGUGUAAAUGGGGUGGCAUGUUUAUAUAAACAGCAUCUCACAGUAAGUGAUACUAAUAUUUAGGCUGUACAGGCAGAAGAAGGAACUAAGUGUGGAACCAGCUCCAGGGAGCCAUCCAACUCUGUGGCUGUUUCCUAGUUCUUAUCUCUGAAGGACUACAUCCCUCUCUGGCCAUGUCUUCCACCAGCAGCCUUAGCUUCACAGUUCGGAGGAUUCUGGAUCUGCCAGAGUAUGAAGACUCAGAACCAUCCAUGAACUACAUCAGGAGCCCAUCUUACCAGGACUGGGUCAAGAGUGACAGAAACCACUAUUUAUCUUCGGAUGAAAGCAGUUCAGAGGCCACUCUCACAGACACCAUGCAGAGAUCAGACAAGGAAACCGACCACCACGAGGAGAAGAAAAAAAAACGCAGAGUCCUCUUUUCAAAGGCGCAGACCUUGGAACUUGAGCGGAGGUUCCGCCAGCAACGCUAUCUCUCUGCCCCUGAGAGGGACCAGUUAGCACACAUCCUCCAGCUCACCCCAACCCAGGUGAAGAUCUGGUUCCAGAACCACCGCUAUAAGAUGAAGAGAGCCAAACCCGAAGCAUCAAGCUCUCCACCUCUUCUGAAACACGUUAUGGUGCCAGUACUGGUUAGGGAUGGUAAGCCUUGCCAGACCUGCUCUCCCACCAACUCUGCAAAUAAAAUGACCAUCUUUCCUUCACUGCAACCUACAGGUGCAUUCAGCUUUGUUAACAACUACCAUAACCAGCAUAUAGCUCAUCCAGCCAGCCUCUCCUGGAGAUGGUGAUGGGAAUCUAUAGUAUGUAAAACAAUGCAUCUCCAUAUUAUAGAUUUUAUACAUUUGUGAGAACUCUACAUGACACAGUAGUCAUUUAUUUCAUGAGCAGCAACAUGGACUCAUAACUGUGAUACAAAGGAUGAGGACAAAUAUGGUGAACAAACUGCUAAAUCCUAAAUAAUAGUUUUAUGUUAUUUUUGUAUUUGGCUCAUUGAAGUUUAUAAAUAAUGAGAAAUAUAUGUAUUUGUAUAUAUACCUCUGAUAACAUGUGAUGUUCUUUGUUUUAUUGCAAUUUUAUAGCAAUUUAAAAUGUUAUUUGCUGCAAACUGUAAAAUAUGUUCAUAUUGAAUAGAAUCCAUGGAGAUAUCUCCACAUAUUGCAAAUAAACUGACUUUUGCAGUUUUCAGAGUCUUGUUUUUGUAGGAUAUUGGCAACAGACCAGUUUUAUUAAGUUUUUCCAUCUUGCUGCAAAACUGAAACCAAAGGCUUAUAUCACUCAAAGAACAGCUCCUCGCCCCUCAGCAUUCUUAUUUUAUUAGGAAGCUUUAAAUAUUGAAUUCUCCAUAACGCAGAAUAGUAAAAAAUACCUCCUGGGACAUCCAACUGUAUGGGGAAUUUAGCAAAUCUCCUAUUGUGGAAUUUUAUAGGAGGGUAGAGACAUA